AUUCAAUAACUAUUCGAUUCUGCCAACCAGCUCUCUUUGCUAUCCUACCUCCGGAGUAAAUAUGCUGGCAUCGAGAAGCCAUGCAGGAAAUGUCACGAAGAAGAGACUACGAUAUAUUUGCCCAGAAUGUCAGACGAACGCUCUCCUUUCAACCUUCUUCAGACACAACCAAAGGAAGAGACUCCAAGCCUCUAAGCCUACCCGUCUGCAAUUCAGACAGCAUGGAAAGCGAUUCAGCACAUUGAGCUCUUCUCUGGCAUCAUUGGAGACUUCUCAGGCUCCAGCUCCCGUAGACACCUUUCGAGACAUCACAUUGGGCCCCUCUGCCACCCCACGAUCCUCUUCCUCAUCGUCCACGAAUCCUGCCGUCACUUCUGAUUCAGUAAUCCGCAACCACCUAAGAGCAUGGAGUGCCGAGAACAACAAGAAAAAGAGGAAAGAAGCGGAUGCAAACAGCGACUCUCCAAAACUCAAAAGGCUGUCUGUAUUGCCCAACUCUCUCUUCAUCGAAGAAGCGAGCCUCGCCGAUAAUACAUUGGGCGAGGAUGAAGAAUUGGGCGCAGGCGACCUUCCCGAGGUAUGGGAAGAUGUUGUAGAAGGCGGCAACGUCCCUCAUCUCGACCCGGGCGACCUGAUAUGGUGGCAGCCCGGCAAAUACACGGCUGGCGCUGGCCGCUUUGCGCGCUCACAGCUAGCCAUCUUCCUGGGCACCCUGGGUUGGCAGCGUCAGUAUCUACUAUCCGACGGUCGCUGGGUCGUUGAGAAAUCAGUGCAGCAGCCCAGCCCCCGGUUCAAACAAUUUGCUUCCCAGCAAGAAAUCGACCAGAUCCGCAAGCAUAUGCCAGUCAAGCCACUUGAGAUGCAGGCCACAGACUUUGAAGUCAAGAUGGGCUACAGCUUUGCGGGCGAUACUCCCUCUGUUGACUCCGAGACUCUAAUAACCCGUCUUGCGCAGUUUAUUGAUGAGAUGUCCACUUGGCGGCGAGAGAACCUUGCUCUUCUCGACUCGCUCUACGAUCGCAUCGCCGACGAAGAAAGGUACAUCUCUCUCUCGUACGAGCAGGUCGUGAGCAAAUUGCUGGCUGUCAAAUACUCCGAAGUACCUCCUGCCGCACUCUUCACUAUCUACCGGACACUGCGAAGGAAGCAUGUCGCUCAGAUUACUGUCCUGAAGAAGACCCACUAUCCUUCCGCAACGGUAGCCAUCAUGCCUAAAAGAUUGGCCAGGCGCUUUGAUCAAGUCUGUACAUGGGCUCGUGAAUAUCAAGAGGCUGCCGCCUCUGCCGCUAUGGGGAAGGAUGUGACAGGUGCUCUGGCGCGCAAUCCCCUCUCCUCCUUCGUUGCAAAGGCAAGGAGGUUGAUCCUAAAGAGCCGCACUCUGCGGUCCCCUACCACAAUUGGCAGUCUUGGUCCCAGCUCCCUACAAGCUACAGACCUUGAAAACGGCAAGAUUCCGGUCAAAGAGAAUGAUGAAGCAUUCACGGAAGAAGACAAGAUGUUUCUUGAAUUCCUUUGGGACUGCUAUGUUCGUUAUCCUCCCCCGGAUAACAAUCGAAACCUUGCCAUCGCUUCUUUGAUUCUCCGGGCUAUCGGUGCAUACCCCAAGCUCCGUCUUGACCAAAACAUGGGCUGUCUUUUGCUGCAAGAGUUAGGUACCCUGCCACCUUGGUUUCUUCGCUCCGACCACAAUGUAACCCUCGAGAUCCCAGGCGGCAGAGGCAGCCACGAGCUGACCCGCGUCUACGACGACGCGGACCGCUUCUGUCACAAAAUAGGUCUCAGCAAGACACUCGAUCAUGGCUUGCUCGUUGACUCGAUGGCGUCUCUGCGCCAGGAUUUUGGGCAUCUGCCGGUUUACUGCAUUGACGCUGGGGAGACAAACAUCAGAGAAGACGGCUUUUCUAUUGAGCCGAGCAGUGAGAUUCCCGGUGCAUACUGGAUCCAUGGCCAUGUAUCGCACCCUACCGCAUUCAUUGACCCAGAGCACAUCAUAGCACAGCGAGCGCUGAAACUCACUGAGAGCGUCUUUCAUAAUACUUACGUUGCACGUAUGGUCCCCGACAGCUUUACUCGAGCAUUAUCACUGCGGUCUGGUUCACCCGCCAUUACCGUCAGCACCCUAUUUACAGAGGCCGGAGACGUGAAAGACAUCAAGAUCAGGCCGACUACGCUUCGAAAUGUGAUCUACCUCUCCAAUGCUGCGGUUGAAUAUGUCCUAGGGAAACCCGAAUACGAAGCCGCUACUCUCUCGCUGGGGCCACAAGCUGGGUUACCUCCCAAGUCUUUGCAACAAGCGGCCCCUGCAGACAUCGAAAAGGCUCGUACCCACCUUUCUGAUCUUCAAAGACUGGAGAAGCUUCUUCUCGCUCGAGAGGAAAGUCGUCGGAGAAGUGUGGCCGUGGCGCCCGAUUGGGAGGUACAGGGGAGCCUUUCGACUCAAAGUUAUGUCCACAUAACAGGCAGCCGAUUUGACGAAGACAGCCUGUUCCGGAGCCAGCAAUACCAGGGCGAUCCUGCAAUCAGAAUCACCGUGUCCCGGUACAUGCGACUGAAUCGCGUGAAAGAGAUGCCGCAGUACGUUACCUUGACCGCAUUAUGCGGGGACCUGGUUGCAGAGUCGGCCGGCAAGUGGUUCCAGGACCGCAAGCUACCUGCAUGCUUCUUUGGAUCCUCGUAUGCUGCAGAUUUCCCACCUGCCAAACUCAACAAACUGGCCCGCGGCGAACAUGCAGAGUAUCCGUUAGGCAAGCUCUCGUCCUCACCUAUCCCACAUGUCCACAAAAGCCAUCAAGUCCAUUUGUGGUUCAGCAACCCCCUUCGGCGUUAUCCAGACUUGAUGGCCCACUGGCAGGUCGAUGCCUAUCUCCGUGCCGAAGCGAGCGGAGCCAUUCAGCCGGGCGAUCCGGGGGACGAGCUGCAGCUGCCCAUCUCCAAGGAAAUGGUCGACAAAUUCAUCCUAGAACACUCGCCCAAAAUGUAUGAGUGGGCACGCGAGAUAUCGCGCAACGAGAGGAAGCAUUGGAUCACGCAAGCGUUGUUCCGGGCGUUCCACUUCAGGGAGGCAGACCUCCCAGAGGUAUGGGAUGUGAAUGUGACCUCGGUCAAUUCCACGCGGACUCGCCCUGAUGACAGCGGGCUCAGGGGCGUCCUGCUCCCUUUCAACGUCUACGCCGUGAUCCUGGCGUCGAACGAGGGCUGGGAGAAGGGGGUGAAGUACCGUUCCUUUCUGCCCGUGAAGCUGGAACUGGUCGACUUGGUCCGGAAAACGGUAGUGGUCCGUGCCGUUGGUCCUCCCAGCGAGACCUAUACUCAAUCCGGCCCCAUCCACAUCACCCCCAAUGCUCGUUCCAGGACGUCGGAUGACGCCGAGGCCUCGGACGCUGCAUCCUCUGAAUGAAGAGGCAUGCAUUUCCGAAAGACGCCGAAUCCACCUGACGAACCAAGCUCUGCAAAGAAAGCAGGCAUACGGGGAGGGGUUGUGGCUUGAAAGGAAAGGAGGCGAUACUGUAAUCGUCACGCUGCAGAGGAUGGAGCUGGGUGCGCGACAUAGUCCGCUCCGAAGAUCAGCCUUGUGUAGUUCGUAGCGUGUAUCCUUGUAGAGGACGAAGCGCCUCACUCGGAGAGAUAUACACACACGGACGGCGGUGGACUAAAAAGAGUGUGUCAAAAACACUUAACAGACCUAUGUAUAUGUAUAAUUUCGAAACGAGGCGCCCGAGAUGAACUGUUUCUGUGGCCCUCUGUUCUCGUCUCAGGCUACGUCCUCCAUCUCGAGUACUUAUAUUUCGGCCUGCCGUAAAAAGAAUGUGAGAAAACCAUGGAUGGCAUCUCAAAGAACCCUGGCCUUGCGAUAUCAUAAUGAAUUGGAUUCUGGCUUGGCCUCUCUGUUGUCGCUGCGAAGUUGGCUGGUACAUGCAUGAUUUAAUAUACCGCGGAUAGGUUCUUCUCGAGAGCGG